AUGCCCCCGACGCCCCAGCGGUCCGAGACGGCCACUUCCGAGUCUCGGCACCACUUUUUCCACCCGGGGUCGAUCCUUCCCAAGGUCGGCACGACCUUGAUGCACCCGCGGCUCCCCCGGAUCUUUCCUUCGGUGGAUUUUCCCAACCAGGGCCACGGGUGCCGCUCCGAGUUUAACCAAACUGCCCCGCUGUGGGUGUGCCAGCCGCUAAAGGCCGUGUACACGGUAUUCUUCAUCUUGGUAACUGCGUUCGUUUACCUGCCGUGGCAGGCGCUCUGGAAUAUCCCCCGGAGCUGCCGCGGCCGACCGGCCUGGUCCUGGUCGCGGUCCAUGACCGUUCUUUUUCUGCGCCGAUGUGUGACCUACAUUUGCAACACGCGUGUCGUUCUGACCAAGACACCGCCCAAAAAGGAACCCAAGCUGAAGCACAGCGAGUUUACGUGGCUCGAGCCGGAGGCGUAUCUAACGCCGUGCGGCGCCAGCGAGAGCCUGGAAAAGAGCCCCGACUUUCGCGGCGAGCUCGCGCGUGCGAUGCAGGUGCAAGGCGUCGGCGCGAAAAAGAUCUGCGGAUACUGGUACUUUGCGCAAGGCAGCCAGCUGCACGCCAGCACGCCGGCACGCAAGGACGAACAGGUGCUUUACUACCUGCACGGCGGUGCCUACUGGAUGGGCAGCGGCCACGAAGGCGGCCCGACCGGCAACCUCGCCAAGAAGUUUUUCGCGUGCCUCGCCGGGCACGCCGCGCCGGUGCCGGCGCGCCUCUUUGCGCUCGAGUACCGCCUGUCGCAGCACACCGACUUUCAGCACGGGAGCUACCCCGCGGCGCUCGUCGAUGCGCUCGUGGGGUACCUGUACCUCGUGCGCGCGUGCGGCUUUGCCCCAGAAAAUAUUGUGCUGGUCGGCGACAGCUCGGGCGGCAACCUGGCCAUGGCGCUCUGCCGCUACCUGCGCGACGAAGGCGUGGCCGGCGUGCCCGGCUCGCUGCUGCUCUUUUCGCCGUGGAGCGACGUGUCGCGCUCGCACAGCGGCCCGGUGCAGGCCCCGAAUCCCUUCUCGUCCGUGCACGAAAACAAGAAGAGCGACAUUAUCGACGCCUCGGUGCUCUACCGCAACACGAGCGUGAUGGCGUUCCUCGGCAAGCUCCCUGCGAGUGAAACCUACCUGAACCCCUACAUUUCCCCCGUCUCACUGCAGCUCGAUGCGUUGUCUGGCGGCCGUCCCCCCCACUGGGGCUUUUACGGCUUCCCAAAGCGCACCUACAUUGUCACUGGGAGCGCCGAGCUGAACACGGAGCAGCACGUCACGCUGGCGCACCGCCUUGCGCAAGGCACGCAGCGUGGCGUCCCGGAGUACGUCGGCGACCGCAUCAGUGCCUGCGGCGAUGCGGAGCAGUUCAUCUGGCGCGGCAGCUACCCCCGGUCGCACCGCUGUGCCGACCGGCACCAAAACACUGACCAUCACAAGAUUCACGACUCCACGCCCCUUGACCCCCGCGAGGUGGUCCUCGACGAGGUCCACGACGCGAUUCAUGUUUUCCCCCUCUUUUCCUGGUACGAGCCUGAGCGUAGCCAGACCAUGGAUCGGAUCGCCAGCUGGAUUGCCCACGAGGCAGUCGGCGCGACCGACACUGUACAUGUAUAG